AAUGGGAUUCUGAUCUGAUUCAUAGAAAAGAAAAAGAAAACAAGGUUUGGUAAAGUUUGGAGAAAGGACCAAUAUGAUCCCCUUUUUAGGAAUUUGCCCAAGGUCCAUUUGUCCGCUUUGAGUUUGUGGAUUCCAUUCUGUUACACCUCUUUUUUUUUUUAUAUCCUUUUAUUUUAAGCCUCAUCAUCUCAUCUCAUUUGUUGUUUUCUUUCAUAAAACUCAACAAAAAGCACAAACAAACAAUUUCCCUCAUUCUCAUCUUCUACUAUCACUUUUUCUCUCAACAGGUAGUGCUGGCUGAAGUCAAGUCUACUUCACCAUCUACAACACUAAGCACAAUUUCAGGGUGUUCUCAGAAUCUAUGUUUCUUUAUCCCCUCACAUUUGCAUCUUUCCAAGCUAGAAUCACAAAAUUUUCAGUGUGCCCAAUCUAUCAGAAAUCAUUCCUAUCCUGGUGAUAUUCAUGGAUCUGAGUCUGACUACCCAGUAGAAAGAAUCAUACCAUAUACAUAAUUCACAGACAAAAAUGUCCUCAUCAGAAAAGCACAGCUCAAAAGGGCAAGCAUGGUUCUGUACAACUGGAUUGCCUAGUGACAUUGUUGUUGAAGUGGAUGACAUGACCUUCCAUCUCCACAAGUUUCCUCUGAUGUCAAAAAGUAGAAAGCUUCAUGACCUGAUAACACAGCAAGAAGAAGCAACACGUUCCACUCUCCCACAGCAGCAACAAGAAGAAGACGAAGAUGAAGACGAAAUCGUCGAAGAACAGCUUCAGGUGACAUUCACCGACUUCCCCGGCGGCUCUGACGCCUUUGAAAUGGCGGCGAAAUUUUGUUACGGCGUCAAGACAGAGCUCUCCCCCUGCAAUGUAGCUUCCCUUCGCUGCGCCGGCGAGUUUCUGGAGAUGACGGAAGAUUUCUCCGAAGACAAUCUCAUCUCUAAGACGGAGCGGUUUCUCUCCCAGCACGUGCUCAGAAGCCUCGGCGACUCCAUCAAAACACUGAAAUCGUGUGAGCGGUUGAUGCCUACGGCGGAAGAUUUGGGAAUCACGGAGAGGUGCAUCGAUUCCGCCGUGUCCAGAGCUUCAUCGGCGGAUCCUGCUUUAUUUGGCUGGCCAGUCAGCGACGCCGCCGCUUCCGCUUCAAAACAGGUUCUCUGGAACGGAAUCGACGCCGCCGGAGAAACCUGGUUCGAAGAUCUGGCGCUUCUGAGUUUGCCUCUGUUCAAGCGGUUGAUUCUUGCGAUGAGACGCGCGGAGCAUAGCGCUGAGAUAAUCGAGACUUGCGUGAUGUAUUACGCUAGGAAGUACAUUCCCGGCGUUUCCAGAUCGAGCCGGAAGCCGUUACCGAAGUCUUCAUCGUCCUCCGUCGCGUCGGAGGCGGAGCAGAAGGAGAUUCUGGAGACCGUGAUUUCGAAUCUUCCACCGGUGAAGACUUCGAAAUCCUCCACGGCGACGAGGUUUCUCUUCGGCUUGCUGCGAACAGCGAACAUACUGAACGCUUCUGAAUCCUGCAGAGACGCGUUGGAGAAGAAGAUAGGGUUGCAGCUCGAUGAAGCCACGCUCGACGAUCUUCUCGUGCCGAGCUAUUCGUAUCUGAACGAAACGCUGUACGAUGUGGAUUGCGUGGCGAGGAUUUUGAGCCACUUUCUGGAAGGUUUAGAAGCGGGAAACACCGUGGAAGGAGGCGACGCUGCGGCGAGGUCGCCGUCGUUGAUGCUCGUCGGAAAACUCAUCGACGGUUACCUCUCCGAGAUAGCCUCCGAUGCGAAUCUCAAGCCGGAGAGAUUCUACACUUUCGCCAUCUCGCUUCCCGAUCAGGCUAGGCUCUUCGACGACGGUCUCUACCGCGCCGUCGAUGUGUAUCUCAAGGCGCAUCCAUGGGUUUCGGAAUCGGAGAGGGAGAAGAUUUGCGGAUUGCUGGAUUGUCAGAAGCUCACGCUAGAGGCGUGCACGCACGCGGCGCAGAACGAGAGGCUUCCGCUGCGUGCGGUGGUUCAGGUGCUGUUCUUCGAGCAGCUUCAACUGCGGCACGCAAUUGCUGAGACGCUGGUUGCGGCGGAGACGGCGGCGGAGCCAGGGCGUCACUCGGCGGUGCUGGAACGGGAAGAGGAAGAGGAAGAGGGAAGAGAAGUGUUGCAGUUACGGUUAGGGACGGAGCACGUGCAGGAGGGGAACGGCACGUGGCGUGGGACGGUGAGGGAGAAUCAGGUGCUGCGGUUGGAUAUGGAUAGCAUGAGGACGCGGGUGCAUCAGUUGGAACGUGAGUGCUCGUCGAUGAAGCGAGUGAUUGCGAAGAUUGAUAACUCCGCCGUGGAUGGCGGUGGUUGGAGGGCGUCGCUGGGGCGGAAGUUUAGUUGCAAGUUUAAGACUCAGGUUUGUGAUUCGCAGCAGUCGACGGUUGUGGAUAAACGCAAGGGACGCCAUCACCACCGCGCGCCGCCGAAGAAGCAGCAGCAUCCGCAUCGUGAUUAAGCACCAUGCUAAAAUUGCUCCUGUUGAAGUGAAGUCGAUAUCCACAUGUAAUUGUUCACUUUUUUUCUUUAUUUUUUCAUCAAUUUAAUCUUUAUUGACUGAUACAAUAAUUUUGCUUAGUUAAAUAUUUAUAUCAUGAAA